CCUUCCUACUCCGUGUCAUUACUCUGUGCAAAGUGCAUCCAUCAGGGAGACUGAAUCCUUCUGUCGGUGCACGCGUCCUUCCUUUUGAGCUGCGUAAGGAUCUCGCUGGCUGUUGCUCACCAUGUACUCGGACGGACAAGUGACUUCCCAUCCAUCCCCACUUGGCUCGCGGACAUGGAGAGCAGCUGAGCACGCCGCUUCAAGGAUUUUCCGUUUUCUCCUUCAGUCAGCUUGGUCGUCAUAGCAACGCCCCAUGAAACUGCUGUGAUGUCAACCUACGCGGGAUACAAAGGAGCACCUGUCAGUCAGCAAGCAAGAUAACAACUGACACGCUCUCUCUCGAUCUCUCUCUCUCUCUCGCUCGCUCGUCCUUGCGCUAUGGAAGCCCGGCCUGGUGUAUCAUGGGACUUCAUCAACAGGGUGACAGGUUCAAUAUCCGAGGACUGAGAGGCGGCCAUGGAGGCCGACAGCUACACCUCGAGCUUGGUCGGCCUUGGGGAGGAGCAGGGAGAUGAACCCUCCAACCCAGCAUCAUGGUCCAUGCCGUACUCCCUCGGGUUCCAGGUGUCACUCGCUGCCGUGCUCAUGCUGGAGCUGUUGUUGGGUUUCAGCAGCAACCUGACAGUGCUGGUGCUGUACUGCUCCCAGUCUAAUUUAGUGGACUCGGUCAGCAACAUGGUGACGGUGAGCCUGCACGUGCUGGAUGUGGCGGUGUGCGUGCUGUGCUUGCCUCUCACGCUGGUGGUGGUACUGCUGCCCCCGGGGCCCAACCUGGCCGUGCUGUGCUGCUUUCACGAAGCCUGCGUCACCUUCGCCAGCGUCGCCACGGCCGUCAACAUCCUGGUCAUCAGCUUGGACCGAUACGACAUCUCGGUGCGUCCGGCCAACAGGCUGCUGACCACACGCAAGGCGGCGCUAAUCCUGGCGGCCGUGUGGCUCACGUCUGUCGCUGUGUUUUUCAUCCCGCUCCUGGAGGAUCAACUGUCAAGUGGCGAGGAGCCGCCUUUGUCUGUGUCCUCCGGCGACAUCGGGGCCACAAUGGUACCAGCGUGGCGUAACCGGACCCUGUUGUGCAUCGGUGAGCAGGGCCACCACUUGGGCCCGGGGACGUAUUACCACCUAAUUCUGCAGGUUCCCAUCUUCUUUACCACUGUCACAGCAAUGCUGUUCACCUACUCCCGAAUCCUGAGGGCUUUAAAUUUCAGAAUCGGCACGCACAUGAAGAAAACCCAGAGGCUCAUCGGCCCCUCCUGCACGGGCCUCCACAAAAAAUCUCCUAAAAAAACGACCAAGCUCAGAAGGAUUAGUAGCGGCAGGCCAGAAGGGGAACAAUGCACCGCAGAUGCCACGAAGCAACUCAGCCACCCGCCUCUCAUCCCUUUUUCAUCAGCCACUCACACAGCAGCCUCCUCCCACGCCCUGUCGUCGUCUGCCCCUCUGGUCACGUCCGACGCAGGCCCCAUCUCCCAUGUGCCGACCACGAUGGGCGUCCAGGCCUCCGUGUCGGCUAUCAUCACCCUACGGCGCGCGGUGCGGCGACAUCGAGAUCGGCGGGAGCGCCAGCGCCGCGUUUUCAGGAUGUCCCUCAUCAUCAUCUCCACCUUCCUCGCUUGCUGGGCUCCUCUGUCUGUGGUCAACAUGCUAAUCCUGGUCCUCGGUCCCAGUGACCCUCUGGUCAGCGUACGCAUGUGGUUCUUGGCUUUGGCCUACGGCACCACAGUGUCGCACCCUCUGCUUUACGCCUUCACGCGGCAGAAGCUCCGACGUGCUCUUCGAGCCAAGGUGAAGAAGAGAGUGGUGUCCUUGCUUCAGGUGGACCCUUCACCAGGUGCCACUGUUAUCCACAACUCUUGGGUGGAAAACAGAAAAAACGGCCGGCAGAUGCGGCUGGAAGCCAGCGAAGGUUCGGACCGCUGCCUGGCGGAGGCCGUGUGAAGCACAGGCACGCAUUGCAAGGUUGCUGAUCGUUAAACUCCGCUCUCUCUCACUCAAGCGUGAAGCUAGCUGCUGACAAACAGACGUGCACGUAUGGGAUGCGCUUUUGAACAAGCAGCAAACAGAGCGAGCAGUCACCUCGGGCACGUUGUCGUCGUCUCUGUGUGCUGCAGCUGAACAAAAUCACAAAGCAGCAAACUUUCAAAUGAAUAUUCUGUCAUACAGGGAACCUCUGUUUAUCGCGGGGGACAUAUUGCGGUACCACUCGAAAUCUGUGACUAAAAAAAUAUUUAUUUGUAGUUUUACUGCCCCCACAUGCUUUAAAGGCACUAAACCUGACUUCCUUAGCGCCUGGUCUUAAUGUUCUCUGCUCUAUGGGAACAAUGAAUAUUGGAAUAGCAAUACGUGGUACGGUAUUUACCAUCCGUUGGCUAAAGCGUUCUUCGCCUUGCUCUUAAUGACGCUUCCAGUAGAUCUCACAAGUCGAAAAUCACACAUUCUGUUCAAACCAAUAAUCAACGAUUGCUUGAAUAGCAACAGCAACCAUGACCUAUAAUUCUGUAUUUUAAUCUGGUUGAUGCUGUUUACAUCUGGACUUGAAUGAUGAAGCUUCUCACGACAGUACUUAUGUAAGUGCUCCCGAAAAAUACGCUCAGCCGUCAGAUGAUCACAUUUGCCACCCACUGGGAAGCUCAAAGAUAGCUUUAAAAGAAUGCUCGCUAAUGUUUGUAGAAAUAUUUAAAGUUUUGUUUGAUAUGACCUCAACUUUAAUUAUGUGUUCUGACGUGUCGUUUGUCACAAACACAGCUGAACCCCGGUUGUAUAUUUACAAGCUCACUGAGGGCACAGUGUGUACCGCAUUAAAUAUGGCGCUGAGGUUGAAUUAUGUCAGAGUGUAGGAGGGAGGGAGGGGGGGGGGGCGGUCAGAGGAUCAUUAUGAGCAACUGUGAAAUAGUAAAAUGUGUUGACCUAAUAUGAGGUUGUUACUGUAUGGUCAGAUGACAGUGUUAUUAUUGAAGUGUAACUUUAAUAAUUUUGUAUCUAUAAAUUGUAUUUUGAUGCUGACAUUUAAGAAGAUAGUGUGUGAGAGAGAAAAAAUGUAUCAUAAUACCCUUGAUUGAAUAUAUUUAGAAAUUGAAGCAAAAGAGAUUUUAUAUGAGCACAAAAAAAAAUAAAAGCAUUUUGUCUUGCAUCAUCCAAGAAUGUAAUCACAGAUGACAAAAACUCUUCCUGAAAAAUAACACAAAUGUACACGCUGUAUAUACGAAGUGGAGAAUGGCAAUGUUAACAUGUGAUCUUAUGCAGACGUAUUGUAGAUUUUCUUUGGGUUGCAGCUGGCUCAUGUCAGAUGCAACCCAGACAUCUAUCUGGUCCCAUGGCUCGGCGCAAGCACAACUAAAAGUGUCACCGCAGAUGAAGUGGUUACCUGUGUUGGCUCUUGACUUUUGUUAAGCGUGCUUGUGUGUUCACCACUCUCACGCUUUGCACACACUCAAGCUCAUCGCAGAGGCCAUGGGAUGUCUCACAUGCUAUUAAAGCGCUGCUGAAUGUAAACAAGAACAGAAAGAUAUAUGUUGAUACUGUUCCAAUGUGUUUUUCCUUUUUUUUUUUAAUGAUGUGCUAAUAUGAAUGUACUCUUAUUUUAAUCUGAAUCAAGGCUAUGAAUAAAUGACCAGCUAGUCUUUGCUCA